AUGUGUCUCCUGCAGAUUAUCCAAACCACCAGCAGCAGAAGCAAUGGGGAAGUGAUUCAGCAGACGAUGGUGGUGAGCAGCCAGGAGAAAGUGGCUGGCUUUCACAUCCAGGGCAACAGAAGCUCAGUCGUGUGCGACUAUAAACAUAGGCUCAUUGGCUUUUGGGUUCAGGACAGAAGGAAGUGUUUGGUUGUGAAGAUGGAUAAGGUUGCCAUGCCCAGCCUGGCUGAAAUUACCCAGAGAAUCGAGAACUUCACCACCCAGCAGGUCCCAGGAGACGACAGCUUGUCCUACAGCUACUGCGAGGGGCAACUGGCCGACUACAGAGCGCUAGGAAUGACACUGAACAUUCUCUGCAGCAACGUUCCCAUCUACUGGGCUGAAAACAUGCGGAAAGAGCAGCGUGGAUGGAGCAUCUGUGUGGGGAUCUUAAUAUUUAGUGUUUGCUAUAAUUUUUAA